UUGGGGUUCCCUAUUCAACCAUAAGAGGCAAAUAUGUAUAACAAUUAUAAUAUGAAACCAGAAAGUCGAUAUUAUAUCUACAAGUGUAGGCAAUAUGUGUGCCAUUUGCUUCCAAUUUUCCUGUUAACUGUAACUAGCCUUUACUUAUCCUCGUUGAAACUACUAGAAACGAACGGUCCACCUUCACUUGCGUUUUGCACAAUGUAAACACGUUACCUAAUCGAGAUAUCCUUCAGUGUCCUUAAUGUCCCUUAUACUAACAAUAUGCUUAAAGGUAGACGA